AUGAAGAAGAGGAGGAAGACCACGGCAAAACUGGCGGUGGGAAGAACGCGGGGGAGAUCGAACUUCAUAGACCACGUUGUGGAUGAGAACGCGGAGGAGGAAGAGGAAGACGACGAGGAGGACAAGGAUUUCAGCGACGGCGACAGGAAGAGGCAACGUGCGAAGAGGAGAUUGAGGUCGGAGUUCUUCGAUCUAGAGGCUCAGGUUGACAACGACGAGCAAGAGGACGAGGAUGAGGAUGAGGAUGCGGACGAUGCUGAGGUUGAUAUGGAGCAAGAUUGUGAGCAUCAUCCUCGUCAUGGUCAUGGUCAGGUCAUCAAUGGCGGCCACACGACCCAUCCUGUCCAUGUGGUCUCCCUCACCUCAAGACUUACGGCAUGCUUAGGCGGACGGCGACAGCGAGGGUUGCCUUCGCCACCGACGCCCCGGCAACAACAAGAAAUCACCGUACAGAGCAGAAGAUUGAAGGGAGGGUCGCCGGCUCGCGGCGAGGAAGCCCUAAAGUCAUCUAUGUGUGGGAGCUCAUGGAAGGCCUCGACGCCGGCGAACCAAAAUGGGAAGACUUCGAGCCCGAGGCCGCGGGGACUGCUCCGAGGUCUCGCGAGCAUCGACGCGAAGACUCCACUAAAGUUCAUGAACCAGAUUGGUUCUCCGAGGAAGGCAAACACUUAA